UCUUGUUGAAUCAUUUAAAUCUUUGAUUUGCUCGUUGGAAUCGUUUGUAAGCGGAAGAUUGAAUGUGAAAUUAUUGAAGUCGUUUAUGAAUAACUCGUGAUGGUGAUGAUGAAGAGGAUGAAGAGGUCUCUCUAUAUCGGUGAUCUCGCGCCGACUGUAACAGAGAUGAUGCUGUAUGAGAAGUUCAGUCCGACCGGUCCGGUUCUGUCCGUCCGAGUCUGCCGUGAUAAACUCACCCGGUGUUCACUCGGUUAUGGUUACGUCAACUUUGAACGACCUGAAGACGCUGAGCGUGCCUUAGAUACCAUGAACUUUGACCUGAUGGAGGGCAAACCAAUGCGAAUGAUGUGGUGCCAGCGUGACCCUUCACUGCGCAAAACUGGAGUGGGAAACAUCUUCGUAAAGAACCUGGAGAAAUCCAUCACCAGUGAAGAACUGCUGGAUAUCUUCUCAUCCUUUGGAAACAUUUUAUCCUGCAAAGUGGCUUGUGAUGAAAAUGGUUCAAAGGGGUUUGGGUUUGUGCACUUUGAGACUCACGAAGCCGCUGAAAAUGCCAUCAAUCGAUUGAAUGGGCUGUUAUUCAACAACCAACACGUGUUUGUUGGACACUUCAAGUCCCGGAGUGAGCGUGAGGCUGAAAUGCAGGCGAAAGCCAAAAACUUCACAAACGUUUACAUUAAGAACUUUGGACCAGACCUGGAUGACAAGACGCUCAAUGAGAUGUUCAGCAAAUUUGGUCAGACCCUGAGUGCCUCUGUGAUGAGAGAUGAGAAAGGAAACUCAAGAGGAUUCGGCUUUGUAAGCUUCGAGACUCACAGUGAUGCAAAGAGGGCCGUAGAGGAGCUGAAUGGGACGGAGUGGAAGGGCAGGCGGUUGUACGUGGGUCGAGCUCAAAAGAAACGAGAGCGUGAUGUCGAACUGAAGCGCUGGUUUGAGAAGAUGGAGCAGGAGCGUUUGAUUCGCUAUCAGGGCAUCAAUCUGUACGUGAAAAAUCUGAACGACAGUGUGGACACCGAACUUCUCCACAAAGAGUUCUUGCCAUACGGGACCAUCACCAGUUGUAAGGUGAUGAAAGCAGGUGGACGCAGCAGAGGCUUCGGGUUCGUUUGCUUCUCGUCUCCAGAGGAAGCCACUAAAGCCAUCACUGAAAUGAACGGCCGCAUCAUCGCUUCCAAGCCGAUAUACGUCGCUCUCGCCCAGAGGAAGAAGGAACGUCAGGCUCACCUCAUCCACCAAUACAUGAUGAGAAUGGCGUGCUUCCAGAGCCAACAUUUGCUGCUGAACCCGGCUGUCUACCAUCCAAACCCGACCCAAUCCAAAUACUUUAUGUCUCCACAGAAUCAAACUCAAUACGCCUUUUGUAGUUAUGAUGCAGAGCCUCAAUCCAGCCCUCAGUGGGAUCUGUCGAGUGUCACGGACCCUCAGUCCAAUCACACUCAGGCUGUCUGGCCGGCCAGUCCAGGAUUCAUUCAUGAAGUGACUUCAGUGAAUCUUCAGACAUCUCAGUGUAAAUACACACCUGAUGUCCAUCCCAAAUUCAUGAGCUCUGCACAGCAGCAAUGGACUUCACAACAGAUGCAGCCUUAUGUCUACACGCAGGGCCAAGAGUCUUUCACGACUAUAUGACACAACUUCAAUCAGAUGCUAGGCAAGUUUCUCUUUUAAUUUGACUUGUUGUUCGAUGAAUGGUCUUGAUUUUGUUUCCCUUUCUUUUCGUUUCGUUCAUUCCAAUAGCAUUAGCAUUACCAAGUUUAUAUUCACGAGUUUCUUCUCUUGAAAUCAGGAGAAAUGUUUUACUGUUCACACAGAUAACAGCAGUCUCUGGUUCAGAACAUGACAGGACUUUGGCAAACAAGAUCACUGAAAAUCUGAGCUCGUUCAUGUGAAUCUGUUUAUAUGCCACCCAACUCUCACAAUUACACAAUCACAUUGUAAUGCAACAUUAUUUUAUUGUUAAUUUAGUUUAACUAUGAUUUGCUCAUUUGAGUCAUGAUUUUGUCAUAUGACCUUACACCUAAGACGUCCAUCCUGAGAGUUUCAUUCACAAUUUGUUUAAUACAUUUGAAAAAGUUUUCAAUCAUUUUAAUUUUUAAACAUAUUACCUGUUAAUUUAUUUGAGUUAAUGUUGAUUAAAACACAUAAUAAUUCAUAACUUUACUGUCUUGCUUGUACUAAUGGCUUUUAUAAAUAAAAAAUAAAUACAUUUACUGCAAUGACA